AUGUUAACGUCGAAUCGACGCGGACGUAUGGAGGAGAGUGUGUGUAGUGCGCGUGACGGUGAUCUGGUGAAUAUAUCGAUAUCGCGCAUUGUGGCCGAUUUCUUCAUUAUGUUGUGUUGCGGUGAGUGA